GAUUAUUCAAACAGUCCACCGUACAACACAACAAUUAUAUCCGAUAUUCUAAACCGCCUUACGGAUAAGUCCACUUACGAUAAACGAUUAAGACCAAAGUAUGGUGCUGAACCAGUAGACGUAGGUAUUACUAUACAUGUUUCCAGUAUAAGCGCUGUUUCCGAGGUUGAUAUGGAUUUUACUCUUGAUUUUUAUUUACGACAAACAUGGCAAGAUCCACGUUUAGCCUUUGGCGAAUAUUUUAAUGGCCGUCAGAAAAAGAAAAUUGAAUCCUUAACGGUAGGUGUAGAUUAUUUGGAGAAACUGUGGAAACCAGACACUUUCUUUCCCAAUGAAAAGAAAUCGUUUUUUCACACCGCCACAACGCAUAAUUCCUUUUUAAGGAUUGACCCUGAUGGUACAGUAUUUACUUCGCAAAGGUUGACAGUAACAGCGACCUGUCCCAUGAAGCUACAGCUCUUCCCAAUGGAUUCGCAGAAAUGCAAACUUGAAAUCGAAAGUUAUGGAUAUACAACCGCGGAUAUAGCAUUGUUUUGGGGUAAAUACCGUCGGGAUCAGGGACAGGUUGUCGGGUUUGAAAAUAUCUCGUUGCCACAAUUCAAGCCAGUUGGCUACAAAGUUAAUGUUACGAGAGCCACCACUUCUUCGGGUAGCUUUUUUCUCUAA